AUGGCAGAUGAUGCAUUUCCAGUCAAAAACAUUUUUGGUGAUGAGUCAGAUAUGGAGGAAGACUUUACAUAUGAAAUAGUUCGUCCUAAGGUGACUGCUACUACUAUUAAGUUCGAAACGUCCCUCUAUCUUAUGCUCAAACAAGAGGGAUACUUUCGGAAUGCAGUCGAUGAUGAUCCUCACCAGCAUAUAAUAAACUUUUUGGAGGUAUGCUCUUAUCAUAUCCAAAGGUGUGUGCCUCAAGAAGCUGUUCGGCUGAAACUCUUCAAAUAUUCAUUAGCCGGAGAUGCGAGAAAAUGGUUCACAAAGCUGCCCCGAAACUAUAUUGCUACAUGGGAGGAGAUGGUCAAAGUAUUUCUCAGGAAGUGGUAUCCCCCAAGAAAAAGAGCUGAGAUUCGUGAUCAGAUUUACGAGUUCAAACAACGUCAUAGGGAGCAACUUUUUGAAGCUUGGGAGAGGUACAAAGAAUAUUUGGAUAGGAGUCCGAACCAUGGUUUCCCAGAUCAUAUUCCGAAGGACAAGUUCUACAGAGGGUUUGAUCCUAUGACCCAAGCAAUAGCCAAUAAUGCUAUUGGUAGGUGUUUCAUGAAUAAGUCCUAUGCUAGUAUUACUGAUAUACUUGAUCGAUUGACUACACACAGUCAAGCAUGGCAUUCUAGUAAUUCCGAUGGUUUAUCACUUAGGACACCAUUGACCCAAAAUGUUGUGAAGGAUAGCCAGGAGAUGCAGCAGACAUUGGCACAACUGGCCACUAAUAUCUCUUUACUGACGAAGAGGUUUGAUGAGAAAGAGACUAAAAGGGUAAAUGUUUGCGAAAACACUUCAGAAGAUGUUAACUAUGUGAACAACUCCCAAGGGGGUUAUCGGAGGCAAAAUUUCCAAGGAGGGUACCAGAAUCAAAAUCAAUGGAGACCUCUGCAGGGACAAGGUACUUACAACAAUAGCCAGGGGAACUACAAUAACAAUUAUGGUGGCACGAAUCAAGGGAACUACAAAAACAACAACAAUUUCAGAAAUAAGAGUUCUAAUCCAUAUAUUCCACUAAAAGGGCAGCCAAACGAUCAAGGUAGUUCGAGGGUUGAGGCCAUGCUUGAGAAGGUGUUGACACCUAAUUUUCACCUCAUACUGAGCGCAUUUUAA